AUGAUUUUGGUAUGGUUAAUACUGCUUUUGCAAUCAAAAAGGAUCACUGGUUACCUGUCAAAUAUGAACUACGUACCUAUUGGUACCAAUCCAACACUGUACAAAGCCGGUCAUGACCCAGUAAUGCAACUUGAUGCUUCUACUUUUGUUGAUACUAUAUUAAAGCAAGAUCAUGCAUUUGUUGUUCAGUUUUAUGCUGAUUGGUGUGGACAUUGUCGCAAUUUUGCUCCACAUUUUCUACAGUUUGCAUUGUCGAUACGUCCAUGGAAAAGUGUAGUUACAGUAGGGGCAAUUAACUGUGGUGAUAGUGUGAAUCAGAAAAUAUGCAGUAAUGAAGGAAUCAUCGGAUAUCCUAUGAUUCUGUAUUAUCCUCGAUUUGCUCGCCAUCGUGUCGAUGCAGUUAAACUAGAACCUAAGGAAUCUUUGUCACAGAUGAGAAGUCAGCUUACUCAAGUCAUACGAAAUGAAUAUAAUCAGUUUCAUUAUGCUGAUUGGCCGGACUUCACUUUUCUCACAGCUGACAGUGCAAUCGCACUGAAAAGUUUAUGGAAUGCAAGAAAUGACUCACGUCAAUUUUUCAUUUUACUAUUCGAGCAAUUUGACGGUAUUGGAAUAGAAUUUCUACUCGAUAUGCUUCCAACAUCUGCAAAAAUGCUUACAAGAAGAGUAAUCAUACCUUCUCCUGCUAUUCAAACAUUUUCAAUCACGCAUUUGCCGUAUAUUCUAAUUUUUAAACGCAGCGAAACUGAUCCAAUCUAUCAAAGUCCAUAUGGAUCACAUUCACUGCAAGAAAUCAUGCAGAUAACUCAUACCGUACCUCAGGGACUGUAUAACAAUGUUACUUUUGUAUCUACUUCUCCAGUUCCGUCUAUCAAACAACAGUCUAUUGUGCAGUGCGAUCUUUAUCAAGACAGAUGUCGCGCAUUAUAUUAUGUGUCUGAGACAGAUAUGCUAAAAGCAAUGCGCAUGGCGCUACUUGACGAAGUUGUGAAAACGGAUGAGGAUAUUGCAGGAGAAAAAUUUACUGCACUGUUUGACUUCAUUAGCAUACUUGUUGAAUAUUUUCCUAUCUAUACGUCGGUUACAACGCCAGCAAAAAGAAGUGAUCAGAAAAUGUCUACAGUGUUGAAAAAUAGCAUGCGCGCUAAAUCUGUGUUUUCUCAUCUUCAACGUCUUCUGGGAUCAUAUGCAAGCAUCAAAGUGCUACCAGCUGCAGUUUGGCAAAACCAAUUCCGAAAUAUUGAACGAGUUUAUGGCUAUCCAUUUCCAACCAAUGCUUCGUGGGAGCACUGUAAAGGUACAUCACCUGGAUAUCGUGGUUAUACUUGUGGUCUGUGGACAACAUUUCAUGCAUUAACUGUAAGUGCUUUUAUGCAAGGAUCAAAUUCACCAAUUCGUACGUUAUCAAGUAUUCGUGAAUGGGUUACUAAUUUUUUUGGUUGCUUGGAUUGUCGACGACACUUUUUACACAUGACGACUAUUCUUUAUCCACUUACUGAACAAAGAGUUAAAACAACCUAUGAUGCAAUGUUUUAUUUAUGGCGUGCGCAUAAUAUUGUUAAUGCUCGACUUCAUGAUGAUAAAGCCACAGAAGAUCCACAAUUCCAGAAAAGACAAUUUCCACCAGUUUUCCUCUGCUCAAUAUGUCAUUCGAAUGGAAUGUUCCGUCGAAAAAAUGUCCGUGACUUUCUCGUCAACUAUUAUUCAACAAUUAAACCAUACAGCGCCGUGAUUCCUUAA